AUGGUUGUGGAUCGACCAGCGCAAUCAGCGCACAGUUCGUCUCAGCGUCCCUCUCUCUACCUCCAGCCUCUGCCACACGCCGAUCAGACAGGCCAGGAGAUGAGCGAGCGCCUGUUUGUGGAUGUGCGGCCGUCCCCCUGCCAGCACUGCCAGCAGCGAGGGGUAUUCCUGCAAGGCCGAGUGCUGCUGCCCCCUCAGCCAUGUGGAGACGGCACGGUGCUCUUCCACUUCUGGUUCGGUCACAGCCAGCACAAGUCACAAGCCGUGCGUCGCUCCCGCUGCCCCAUCUGCCGCACUGCAUGCGGCACCACCAAGGGUCUCAGAGACCACUUGGAAGCUUCUCACAGCCGCUUUGACUACACCUUCCAUCUCCAGCAGCCAAUGCCAGUUGUCCACGUCACCUGCAAGCCCCAACUGGAUCUGGAGCACCCAGCAGUCACCCCAUCGGCAUCAAUCCAUCGGCAACAGGCCAAAGGCCUGCCGUUCUUCUGGCAUCGUAACAAGCGAGGAGGUGGCAGAGGAAAACAGCGGCGGCAGCAGCUUCUGGGUUGGGAAGAAAUGCCUUGCAUCAUGCGAGCGAGAGAGGGACAGGAGGGGGAUGAUACCAGUGGUGGUGGUGCCAUGGAUAGUGGCAAUGGUGCCAGAGAUGUGACAGGAGUAGCAGAAGGGGCAGCAGCAGAAAGAAGCACAAAAGAGACAGCGAACGAGGUGACUUUUGAGUCGACUCAAAAGUCAAAAGAGACAGCGAAUGGAGCAACACGAAGGAGUGGAGAAACAAGAGAAACGACUAGAGUAGCAGAUGGGGGAGCAGAGGGGGGCGAAACAAGAGCAGAGAGGACUGAAGCGAGAGCAAGAGGUACAGGAGAGGCAGGAGGAGCAGGAGCAGCAAGAGAAGAGCGAGGAACAGGAGGUGCAAGGGUGUCAGUGCAGGGGGCAACAGGGGCUGGGAAUUCCAAAGGUAACGUUGAUGCGGGGAGAACAGGUGGGAAGAGAGCAGAGGAGGGGACAGAGGAGGAGGGAGCAGAGGAGGAGGAGAAGGCAGAGGGGAAGGGGAAGAGAAAGGGAAAGGAGAAGGCAGAGGGGAAGGCGGAGGCAGUGGAGGAGAAAAAGAGAGAAGAAAUGUCAUUGGAGGUGGCUCAAAGGAUUGCUGAGGAGAUGCGGACAGAAGCCAAGGCUUCAAGAGACAGAGGUCAGUUGCGCAUUGGUAGUGAGAGACAGAGGUCGUCAACCCUCCUUCAGAGAACCUUCUACCACUCGCAGCGAUGGCAGCCAAUCACGGCGCAGGAGAUGGUGGAGGAUGCAGACAGCGAGGACGAGUGGGACGAAGCCGCUGCCUCGUAUGCGGACCGCAAGCUGCUGGGCGAGUUUGAGGACGUGCUGGGCGAGGAGAAGGGCAUCAUGCACCGCUGGAUGGCGUUUGUGCGCCGCCACAGAAGGGCACAUACAUUGCUGGAUGCCGUUUGUGCGCCGGCACAGGAUUCUCAAAACUCACCCUUCCCUGCACUGCACUCCCACGUUGUGAAUUUUGUCCCCUCCAUCUCGCUGAGUUCUCACUUCCCCUCCCCUUCUCUCACUCCACCUGAUUCCACGCCCCCUCCGCCCAGUCAUUCGCUAUUCGCCCCUUCUCAUUCCCUGCCCCUAUAG